UCCAGUCUUCCACGCGACGAGUCCUCUUUCUCUCUCUCUCCAAGACUUAUCAUUGAGUGCGCGCUACCAUUCAGUCUUCCCUCUCUCUUAGCAUCAAGUCUUCCCUCUUUCUCUUUUCAAGAAAAGUAUUACCGUGGAACUAUAUGUCUCUUACUUGCAUUAAUUAGCUCAAUUAUAUAUUGAACAUCUCAUGCCACUUCUCUCUAGUAUAAUCCAUUUUAGCAUUUGGUUCAUUUCAUCAUCUCAUUUUUAGCUCUACGUACUUACUUAAUUUACUAGAACAUGUUCUUCUCACGACGUCAUCUUACUUGUUCAGUUAUUAUAUUAAUUUGCUUGGCCACUUUUGCAUCUGGCGAAGCUACUCUUCCAACGGAUGAAGUGGAAUUAUUGAAAGAAAUAGCAACGACGCUUGGAAAGACGGAUUGGAAUUUCGGUGUAGAUCCAUGCAGUGAAGAGAGAAGUUGGGCCAACCCAAAUCCAGUUGAAGGUUUUGAGAAUGCAGUCACCUGUAAUUGCUCCUUCUCCAAUGGCACCGUCUGUCAUGUUGUUAGCAUCUCUCUCCUUGGAAACCGAUUAACAGGUUCAAUUCCAAAAGAAUUUGGAAACAUCACCACUCUCAAAGGCUUAAGCCUCGAGUUCAAUCAGCUUUCUGGAAGCAUUCCUUCGGAGCUUGGGAGACUUCCUCUCAUAGAGAGAAUGUUUCUAAGCUCAAACAAUUUCUCUGGGGAGCUGCCGGGAACAUUUGCAGACGUGACCACUUUGAAGGAUUUUAGGAUCAGUGACAACAACUUUACAGGAAAGAUUCCCAAUUACAUCGAAAACUGGACAAAUCUCAAUAAAUUGGUGAUUCAGGCUAGUGGUUUGGAUGGGCCAAUUCCUUCUGGAAUUUUUCUCUUGGAAAAUCUGACUGACUUGAUACGGUCAGUACCCGUUCCAAGGUUGAGGUUAGCAGUGAGGGACCACCAUCCGAACUCAUCUACUCUUACGAUCCAGUUCAGGGUAGAAGUUUUAUGUAUUACUUCAGUUUCAGUUUUUAUUUACUUUUGACGUCGAACUCUCAGGGUUAUAUUUAGGGAUCCUUGACAUAGGAUUUCCAAGUUGUAACGAAGUACUGUAUUAAAUAAAGGAUGGAUGGAUGUUGUAUUAUUUA